AUGUCCUCUUUCAAUUACUGCGCAUACGUCGACCCCAGCUCUGGGCAAGACCGCAUCGGCCACCUCGACCUGCCGACCGAGACAAUCCAGCCCCUCGCCUUCACCUCGGGCACGCGAAUCGGCAACCUGUACCAGGUCAUUGAAGCGGGCGAAGCAAACAUUGUCGCUGCGCCCGAAGACCCGAUCCCUCAGUCGCAGAUCAAACUGCUGCCCACCAUCUCCGGGCGCGACAUCCUCGCCGUCGGCAAAAACUACGUCGAGCACGCCAAAGAAUUCAACUCGUCGGGCUUCGACUCAUCCGAUAAAAACGACCAGCCCACCUCGCCAGUCAUCUUCACGAAACGCGCGACCUCGAUCAUUGCCCACCGCGACCAGGUCCUCCUGCACCCUGGCUUCACCGAGACCCCCGACUACGAGGGCGAGAUUGGCGUCAUCAUUGGCAAGGCCGGCCACAAGAUCCCUGAGUCCGAGGCAAUGGACUAUGUCUGGGGGUAUACCAUCAUCAACGACUUUACGGCACGCGAGAGACAGCGCGACCACAAGCAGUUUUAUAUUGGAAAGUCGCCAGACACGUACUGUCCCAUUGGGCCUGUCGCGGUGCCCAAGGAGAGACUCCCGGAGAACCUGCGCCUGCAGACGUUUGUCAAUGGCGAGAAGAGGCAGGAUGCAACGAUGGACCAGCUCAUCUUUAGCAUUCCGAACCUCGUCUCGACGCUUUCGCAAGGCCAGACGAUCCAGCCCGGGGAUACUAUUGCUACGGGGACUCCUUACGGUGUAGGCUUUGGCUUCCGGCCGAUGAAAUUCCUCAAGGCUGGCGACGAGGUCAAAGUGACUGUCUCUGGCUUGGGCAGCCUCGUCAACCGCAUCGCCCCCUUGGACACCGUCAACCCAACCCUCGACCGCGUCAAUGCCUCCUCCUCCAUCCCCAUCGCCAACAUCAAGACCCGCUCCCGCAACGGCCUCGUCCAGGUCAACAACAAAUCCCUCUUCUACCAGUUCCGCGGCCAAAAGGACGGCAGCCCCGUCAUCUUCAUUCACGGCCUCGGCGGCUCCUCCUCGUACUUCUCCCCGCUCUUCGACAAACUCGCCGCGACACAUGCCCUUCACCUCACAGACCUCGAGGGCCACGGCCUCUCCCCCACAUCCGCAACAAGUAGCCUCACAAUCGCCUCGCUCGCCGCCGACAUCCGCGCCGUCUACACAGACUCCAAGCCCGCAACCGUCAUCGCCCACAGCAUGGGCUGCCUCGUCGCGCUCAGACUCGCCCUCGACAAUCCCUCCCUCGUAUCCUCCCUCGUUCUCCUCGGCCCCCCACCCUCCCCGCUCCCCGGCCCGGGAAGCGCAGGCUCCUUUGCGCGCGCCGAAACCGUCCGCCGCGAGGGUAUGCUCUCCGUCGCCGACGCAAUCACCAACGCCGGUCUGUCCUCGGAAACAAAAGCUAACAACCCGGUCGCCGUCGCCGCAACGCGGCUCUCCCUCCUGGGUCAGGACCCGGAGGGGUAUGCCAAGGCGUGCAUGGCGCUUGCGCGGUCCGCGGAGGAGACGCUCGAGGUUGAAAAGAUUACAGCCAAGACGUUGAUUCUCACGGGCGACCAGGAUGCGGUGUCGCCGCCGGCGCUGUGUGAGAAGUAUCAGAGCAGGAUUCAGGGAUCCGAGGUGGUGGUUUUGAAUGGGGUUGCGCAUUGGCAUCUUUUUGAGGAUGUGCAGGGAACCGCGGGGUCGGUAUACAAGUUUCUUGGUUUGUAA